CCCGAACCGCAGCCAUGGCCACCUACAAGCUGGUGCUGAUCCGGCACGGUGAGAGCACAUGGAACCUGGAGAACCGUUUCAGCGGCUGGUACGACGCGGACCUGAGCCCAGCCGGGUACAAGGAGGCGAAGCGAGGCGGGCAGGCACUGAGAGAUGCUGGCUAUGAGUUUGACAUCUGCUUCACCUCAGUGCAGAAGAGAGCAAUCCGGACCCUCUGGACAGUGCUGGAUGCCAUUGACCAAAUGUGGCUGCCAGUCGUGAGGACUUGGCGCCUUAAUGAGCAACAGUAUGGGGCUCUGACUGGCCUCAAUAAGGCAGAAACUGCUGCCAAGCAUGGUGAGGCCCAGGUAAAGAUCUGGAGGUGCUCCUAUGAUGUCCCACCACCUCCCAUGGAGCCCGACCAUCCCUUCUACAGCAACAUCAGUAAGGAUCGCAGGUACGGAGACCUCACUGAAGACCAGCUGCCCUCCUGUGAGAGUCUGAAGGACACAAUUGCCAGAGCUCUGCUCUUUUGGAAUGAAGAAGUUGUCCCCCAGAUCAAGGAGGGGAAACGGGUACUAAUUGUAGCCCAUGGCAACGGCCUUCGGGGCAUCGUCAAGCAUCUGGAGGGUCUCUCUGAAGAGGCUAUCAUGGAGCUGAACCUGCCGACUGGCAUUCCCAUGGUCUAUGAGUUGGACAAGAACUUGAAGCCCAUCAAGCCCAUGCAGUUCCUGGGGGAUGAGGAGACCGUGCAUAAAGCCAUGGAGGCUGUGGCUGUCCAGGGCAAGGCCAAGAAGUGAGGGCAAGCAGCAGAUUACUUUCCCAAGGAUUACCCUCCUCCCCUGCCCUGGCCCACCCUCUUCCUCUGCACCUCUCCCUGGCACAUGUCCCACUGAUGACAUCUGUAGGCAUCGUAAGUUGUAGCUGCAGGUGGGGACCAGCGGCUCCCAAUUCCACAUGAGCCAUUUUAUCUCUUGCACCCACUCCCUUCAUACAGUCUAGUCAGAAUGGCACGUCUGGGGCAUGGUCCUCAGUCCAAGCCGAAGGAAGACUUAUCCAGAAGUGUUGAGAGGUCAUCACUGGGGGGUUUGAUGGUGGUUUAUUACUAAGGAGCUGCUUGAGUAGGGGACAGGGAGAAAACCAUGCUGAGGUGUGACCAAUGAGAAGUAAGAGCCUGUUCGUGUCCCCAGAGGCCAGCCGGGCACUGUUGUUAGGUGACUCGGGGCUCCAGUCAUUCCAGUGGAAGAUGAAUGUAACCUGCAUGGUGACUCAAUCAAAUAUUCCUCCCUGACUCUAAAAGGCUGGAUCAAUCCUGAAUGUUUUUGUGUUGCAUUUACUUUAAAA